AUGAAGAAAAGCCCAUUGCAAAUAGCUCGUGGCAAGUAUGCCCCUAAGCUACCUAAAGCAUUACAAGCUGAAGUAAAGGUUGUCCUUGGCGAAAAGACUGAAAGCGUUCGUGAUCAAGAAGCAAUCAAGGAAUUAUUCCCUAACACUUAUGGUCUUCCUAAGCUUACUUUUGAAGUAAACGAAGGAGUAAAGGAGGAGCAAAAGCCAAUCAACGUUGGUGUUAUCCUCUCUGGUGGUCAAGCUCCUGGUGGACACAACGUAAUCGCUGGUAUCUUUGACGGAGUAAAGAAGAUCCACAAAGAUGGUAAGCUUUAUGGUUUCCUUAUGGGACCUGACGGCUUGGUUAAGCACAACUACAUUGAGCUAACAGACGAGAUUAUAGAUGAAUACCGCAACACUGGUGGUUUUGAUAUUAUCGGUUCUGGUCGUACUAAACUUGAAGAAACAGAGCAAUAUGACAAGGGGCUUGAAAUCAUCAAAAAGCUAGCUAUUGAUGCACUUGUAAUCAUUGGUGGUGAUGACUCUAACACUAAUGCUGCUGUACUUGCUGAGUACUACAAGUCUAUCAAUGCACCUGUUCAGGUAAUCGGCUGUCCUAAGACUAUUGAUGGCGACCUUAAGAACGAGCAAAUUGAGACUUCAUUCGGUUUUGAUACAGCUACUAAGGUUUAUAGUGAAGUAAUCGGUAACAUUCAACGUGACUGUAACUCAGCUCGUAAGUACUGGCACUUCAUCAAGCUAAUGGGUCGCUCAGCUUCUCAUAUCGCUCUUGAAUGUGCUUUGCAGGUUCAGCCAAAUAUCGCUAUCGUGUCUGAAGAAGUAGAGGCUAAGAAUAUGUCUCUUGAUGAUGUAGUUACUUACAUCGCUGAGAUCGUUGCUAAGCGUGCAGCUAAGGGCGAAAACUUCGGUACAGUGCUUAUCCCUGAAGGACUUAUUGAGUUCGUUCCUGCUAUGAAGGCUCUUAUCGCUGAACUUAACGACUUCUUAGCUCAUAAUGAAGAAGAGUUCAAGGCAGUUCCAAGCAAUGAACAACGUGAAUAUAUCAUCUCUAAGCUAAGUGCAGACAACUCUAAGCUUUACGCAAGCUUACCAGCAACUGUAGCUCGUCAGCUUUCUCUUGAUCGUGACCCACACGGUAAUGUACAGGUUUCACUUAUUGAAACAGAAAAGCUUCUUGGCGAAAUGGUUGGUACUAAGCUUGCUCAGUGGAAGGAAGAAGGUAAGUACGUUGGUAAGUUCUCCCCACUUUCACACUUCUUCGGUUAUGAAGGGCGUUGUGCUACGCCAUCUAACUUUGAUGCAGACUACUGCUACGCUCUUGGACGCACAGCAGCUUGCCUAAUCAGUGCUGGUGUAACAGGUUAUAUGAGCUCUGUUCAGAACCUAACAGCUCCUGCAGAAGAAUGGAUCGCUGGUGGUAUCCCUACAACAAUGAUGAUGAAUAUGGAGCGUCGUCACGGAGAAAUGAAGCCAGUUAUCCAAAAGGCUCUUGUAGAGCUUGAUGGUAAGCCAUUCCAGUACUUCGCAAGCAAGCGUCAGGAGUGGGCUGAAAACACUUGCUACAUUUACCCAGGUCCUAUCCAAUACUUCGGUACGCCUGAGCUAUGCGACCAGCCAAGUGAAACACUUAAGCUUGAGCAGUCUAAGUAA